UUAAAUUUUCAAAAUCUCAAGACUCAGAGAGAGAAAACAAAGUGACACUAACCAGUAACCACUGCCACGGCGGAGUCAUCACCGCAACAAAUCCUCCGGCGAUCGUUCUCCACCUACAAUCUUCAUUUCGCACCGAAAAUUUCAUUCUCUGCAUGUUUUCUUCUCAUCGAUUACCACAACCUUCUCUCACAAUCGCAUCGAUUCUUAUAACUUCAACAAUUACAAUCCGUAACGCACGAGAAAGGUUUUUCGUUACUUUUUAGCUCCGAUAAAUUUAUUUUCGUAUGUUUCGGAAACUCAAUUUGAAACGGUUUAAGUAGAAACGGUGAUGGAGAAGAGUGAAACGACGCUUGAUUUAGCUUCUAGGAAAUCGGUGAGGCAAUUGGAUUUCACUGCCGUUUAUGGAGGUCCGGUACACCUGACACUGUCGCCACCGACGCCACGGUCACUUUCACAAACUAUUCUACAGCCGCCGACGAAAUCACGUACUGCGGCGCAAUUGCAAUUGGAUUUUCAGUUACUAGGGCGACGGACGUGGUUAUGUUCACCGCCACGGUGGCAAGAGCAGAGAACGUCACAGUCUCCGCCGGUAAUGCCACGUUUACAAUCACCGGAGUCACAGUUAGUUUCACCAGUUCGUCGAAUACAGAAGCUUCCGGUGAAGAGGUUGCAAGCUUUGAAGCACGAAUCUCCUAGUCCUAGAUCACAGUCUCAAAAUAAUGCUGGAUUAAAGGACAACACCCCAAAGAAACAAAAACAUUGCAACUGCAGAAAUUCUCGAUGCCUUAAAUUGUACUGUGAGUGCUUUGCAGCUGGGAUCUAUUGCGAUGGUUGCAAAUGUAUAAAUUGUCAUAAUAAUGUGGAUAAUGAAACUGCCCGACAGGAGGCCGUUGGAAUAACACUGGAAAGAAAUCCAGAUGCUUUCAAACCAAAAAUUGCAAGCAGUCCACAAAAACCAGAAGUUUCUAUGGAGGAAGUGUCUGAAACUCAAGUAAUAGGAAAGCACAAUAAAGGAUGCCACUGCAAGAAAUCAGGUUGCCUUAAGAAGUAUUGCGAGUGUUUCCAAGCCAACAUCCUCUGCUCUGAAAAUUGUAAAUGCAUGGACUGCAAGAAUUUUGAAGGAAGUGACGAACGGAGAACAGUUUUUCAAGAAGAGUGCCCUCUAGUUCAAAUCAGACAGACAACUAAUGCUGCCAUUGAUGGAGCAGUUGGACCAUCCAUCUCUGGAACACAUAUAACACCCAAGAAGAGAAAAGUCCAGGAAAUAUUUUCUGGCAAAUCAAUCGUAGAUCAAACUGUUAACACAACUGCUCAAUACCAACAGGAACUUGAUCCUAUAGCUUCAUCACCUUUAUCCGUAUCAGCUUCCUUUGUUUCUGAAAUGGCCAACACAAGAACUUCAGGAUCUUCAAGAUCUACGUACAGGUCUGUGUUGGCUGAUGUCCUCCAGACACAGAGUGUGAAGAAUCUUUGUUCACUUUUAGUUGUUCUCUCCGGAGUAGCUGCAAAUACAAAUGCAGAAGUGAGAGGGGAAGUAGUUAGGAAAAUAGGGCCCAGGAAAUAUGAAGCUUCUAUUGCUUCAUCAGCUCAACCGCUGCAAGACAGUAGAUCUGUUCUCAAGCCUGUUUGUGAGAAUCACGCAAAUAAAGAUGUUACAGAUGCAGUUGAUAUUGACAUUGGUAAUAGGCCACCGUCACCAGAAACACUUGGAUUGAUGUGUGAUGAACAGGAUGGGAUGUUUUUUGGUAAUGGUUCUGCAAAUGGAGUUGCAAUUGACAACACUUAUCUGAACAUGAUUCAGACGUCUUCCAAUUCUGAUGGAUGCACCGAUGCUUAUGCAGAGCAGGAAAGGCUUAUCCUGACCAAGUUCAGGGAUGUUCUUGGUGGACUCGUUACUCUUGGUAGCAUAAAAGAAACAAGGUACUCUUCACUAAUGAAGAAAGAUGUGGGAAUCAAGAAAGGACCUACAGACAAUGGUGAUAGGGGUGCUGAAACUAAGGAAAUUCUUGGCAACUACACGACCAAUUGCUCCAUCCCAGCGGUUACCGAAGUAUUUGAGGCUGCCUGUGCAAGAACUAAUGGACAUGAUACUAUUGAUCUUUCAUUGAGGUUACCUGCAGUUUGAAUAACUGGUGGUGAUAAUCUGAUGUAAAGUGAAAGGCUUCCUUUUUUUGACAGGACCGACUUUGAAUUGUCAAAGACUUUCUAGUGACCUGACUUGUAUAUUGUAGUGAAAAAAAGGUUACCAGUGUUGUCCAGCCUGUUGCCGCUGCUGCUUGUGUGCAUAGUUAGAUAUCGGUCCGGUUCCCUUUCAAAUAGUUUGUUUGGAAUAACUAUCAGCUACAUGUAACUGGAAACUCUUUCCUGACAUGGACACAAAUAUCUUUUUGUGCUUACUUUCAAGUAUAUUGAUAAAGCUAUGUAAUUUCCGCUGAAAAUUCAUUUUUGGUCUUAGAAAGAUGCAUCUUAUCUCUGAAGUACAGCCGCUGACCACGAAGGCACAAGUACUCACAUUUAUACUUGUAUAAUUUUCUGUUGGAAACUCAAUGUUAGGGAGUUAUGUGAGAUAUCUGACUAAUAAAAUUCACUAAUUAGUGAGGUAAAAAGAUAAUAAAUAUUGCCUGUGUAAAAUGUAAGCAUUGUAUGCCAUGAAAGGCUCCUGCAAGGUGCAGAUUGAACAAAAGUUGCAGAAAAUGUAUGAACAAGAGAUAGGCGCAAGUUGAGCCCAAUAACAGAGAGAAUUCUUAUUCACAAAA